AGGAAAUUAAAUAUCUUGCAAAAAGGUGGGUGGGGCUGCUGGCAUGUGAUUAGCUGCAGGUAGAGUUUUAUUGGAUCACCUUAAUUUCUGAAAGCCUCUCAGUGGAACAGCUAUAUCUAUAUAGUGCUGAGUGUAUAUAUAUCUUUGUAUAUAUGAGCAAAGAUGAUGUUAAAAUGCUUGCUAAUGAGUUUGCUGCUGAUACAAGGACUUGCAACCUUGUAUCCUGUGUCAGCUCAAGUACCAGUCAUAACAAACGUCCAAGUUAACAACCCUCGCUCUCUAACUGUCACCUGGACUGCAAUAGCAUCAUCUAGUGGUUACAUUAUACGUCGGUAUAUUCCCAGCACCUCCGACUCCCCAACAGCCAGCACCUCUGGUUCCCCAACAGCCAGCACCUCCCCAACAACAGCCAGCACCUCUGGUUCCCCAACAACAGGAACGUCAAAUAUUGUGACAGUAGCGGGCACUUCUAACACAUCCUACACAUUUUCUGGACUUACCCCUUAUGACUACACCUCUAACGUUGGAGUGACAUUCACACUAGCCGUGUUGGCUUACUUUGAUUUACCAUCCGAUUCUGGAGACAGCUCUAUUAAUGUCACUGCUACUCUGCCAUUGUGUCCUGGACUAUGUGACUAUCGGACCCACCGUAAUGUUUUCGCUGACUGCAGUGUAAACAGCAUGACCGACUGCGUUUGUAACCCAGCAUUUAGUGGUCCAAACUGCACUGAACCAACCUUUGUUCCUCUGCAAGUAGAGUUUGAGCCGUCAAGGAUACUCUCUGGAACAGACUACGCACUCCAGGUGACCUGGCGGGCCCCUGAGCCUAUCACUUUAGAUGGUCGGCUUGUGAACAGAUACGCCAUAACGUUGAGAAAUCAAAUUUCUUCCCAGUCAACGAUCGUCUUGUCGGAUAAUACAAUUUCUGCUAGCACAAAUAGCUAUGAACUAGCGAACCUCCAAUCUGGUGCAGUCUACAGUGUUGAAGUUGCAACAGUAUCUGACGUCGAUCAAGACCCUCCGGCAGUCAUAUUACUCAAUAACCCCCCGUUCACUGUGUUUACCCCCGGUCCGGUUGCAACGAUCAGCGUCCAAGUUAUAGCCUCUAGUCAUAUCAGCGUGUCAUGGUCACCUCCUAAUGGCUCUCUCAACUAUCACUCGCUGCUGCAAGUAUGGAGGUACGAUCUCUCUAUUGUACUCGGUAAUACUGUGGUGACAUCGUCUGUUUUUGCUGCUGGCGUAUCACAAGUUUCAUAUGGGAUUGGAGAGAAUGGUUUUAUAGUGGAUACAUCAUACACUGUGGAGAUAAGUGCAAGAAAUGCAGCCGGCCAGGGUGCAGUGUCAUCCUUUGCCUUUACAAUUCCCGGUCUACAAUGCAAUGAUAAUCAGUAUGGACUCCCCAAUGCCACCACCUGCUCCAGUUGCCCUAGCAACAGCAUAUCGGAAACUGGCUCCACCACAAUCUCCGACUGUAUCUGUUUGGAUUUGUACACGAGGUUGGAGUCAGGAGGAACAUUCAUCUGCUUUUUGGCUUGUGAUCUCCUGACCCUGAACAAUGGCAAUGUCACUUACUCUAAUGAUAACCGCGGUGAAGGUGCGAUGGCAUUCUAUGACUGUUGCCCUGGUUACACCCUGACUGGAAGCCAAAGUCGCAGCUGUGAAGGUGUGAUUUCAGGUGGUUCUUCGUCAGUGCAGUGGACCAAUAGCCAGUCAUCCUGCGUUGUCACCCAAUGCAACCUGAUAUUUGAACUGGGUCUCAAUGGAAACAUUGUCUACUCAACUGAAAUCUCAGCAUUAUCUAGGUACGAGUAUUCCACAGUAGCGACUUACAAUUGUUCCCUUGGUUACGAGCCGACUGCCAGUGGAGUACGGACAUGCUUGGAUGGGAAUGACGGCACCGUUACUGGUAGAUGGAGUAAUUCCGAGGUCACUUGUGAAGUGGCUUGUGAUCUCUUGACCCUGAACAAUGGCAAUGUCACUUACUCUAAUGAUAGCCGCUUCGAAGGCACAAUGGCAUUCUACGACUGUUUCCCUGGUUACACGCUGACUGGAAGUCAAACUCGUAGCUGUGUAGGUGUGAUUUCAGGUGGUUCUUUGUCAGUGGAGUGGACCAAUAACCAGUCAUCCUGCAUUGUCACCCAAUGCAACCUGAUAUUUGAACUGGGUCUCAAUGGAAACAUUAUCUACUCAACUGAAAUCUCAGCGUUAUCUAGGUACGAGUAUUCCACAGUAGCGACUUACAAUUGUUCCCUUGGUUACGAGCCGACUGCCAGUGGAGUACGGACGUGCUUGGAUGGGAAUGACGGCACCGUUACUGGUAGAUGGAGUAAUUCCGAGGUCACUUGUGAAGAGGUGCUGGCUUGUAAUCCACUGACUAUUGGGAAUGGAGUGGUGACCUACUCACAGGCUGUCUUCACUGCGGGGACAAUUGCCAAUUACUCGUGCAAUACUGGCUAUGCGUUGUCACAAGUUUUAUCUGUCACUUGUGUAAUUAAUAUUCUCUCCCGUGUCACCUUUUGGAACCCAGGAAACAGACCAAUUUGUAUUCCCAUAAGAUGCAAUGGCUUGUCAACUGAAAAUCUCCUCGGAGUGAUCAACUACACACCAGACCCAUUUCCUUUAUACAACUAUGGUACGACGGCUUUGUACACGUGUAACCAAGGUUACCUAGCUAACGGUACCGGAAUGAGAAAUUGUACAAAUUCGAUUGUAAUAGAUGGAACAGUGACUGGUGUAUGGAAUGGGGACCCUGUCAGUUGUGAAUCCAUCCUCUGCCCUGGCUUACAAGCUCCCGUGGCAGGAUUCGUAGCCUACACGUCUCCUGACGGCUCUGAGAUAGCCAGGAUUGAGAACGGCACUCUGGCUUCGUAUUCCUGCUCUGUGGGCCAUCAUCUAGUAGGACUUGCCACCCUUACCUGUGUAGUGGACCUUGACAUCAUGGAGGGGCUGUGGAGUGACUCUGAGCCAACCUGUCAGCCAUGUCCCGUUGGUUAUUUCAACUCUCGAAAUACUUCCACCUCCUGUCUAGCGUGUCAGGAGCUGUACACCACCAGUGACACUGGCUCUACUGCAUGUGAUACCUGUCUAUACUCCAGCCCUAGCCCUCUGGGUUGCUUUGUUUUCGACACAACAGUGAACUUCUUUGAGCCGAUCACCAAUGAUGUGACUAUUGUCGCUGGAGAAGGGACAGUACUAGUACGCCUCACACUUCGUUGGCCAGCUGUGCCUCUAUCAGUGGUGGAUAUUGAAGGCAACCAAGUUGGCCAGUCAGUGAGGAUUAAGAUCAACUGUGCAGCUGCCGAGGGGAUCACCAGUAGCCAAUACUGUACUAAUGACAACACUCCUCUCAUCGCUGAUCUGAAUGGUAUCUCUGAUAUCAUGUAUACAAUCGAAUUGUUGGGACUUGUGCGAUAUACCUUUAAUUUCGUAAUCGUUGCUGGAGUGAAUAGCAAUUUUGCAGAUGGACCACCUGGAGAAAGCCUCUCCUUUACCACACCAGCAACAAAUGACAACGAUGUCCGGCUGCCCAGAAUCUUGUCAAUCUCUGCCUCGCCCUCAGGCUACGUAAUAGUUUACGAGAUGGACUUUCAGCUGGCCCCCAUACUGACCUCCAUAAGCAGUCUCUACAACUCACAGUCAAACCCAAACACUGUCUACAAUGGCCUGCAAUUGUCCAACGAUGUAGUGGAUAUACCAGUUACCGGCACUUUAAAUGCAACCACUUUAAUAGCAGCUGAUCAAGUGGUGGACUUUGUACUAAACACUGUCGUUGGGUUGUACGUGUACAAAUCUCCUGUUUAUACCCUGAAUCCAAACAUUAUGCCACUGAACAACAUUCUCCCACCAAGUAUCGACUUCUCUCAGUCGACGGUCCUGAACAGCUCUUCUGUGCUCAUAGUGUGGUCGGAGGCGGAGGGUGCCUCCUCGUACGGUGUGGUAGUCGACAGGGUGGUCGGAGGUGGUGGACUCUCCAGGGUCGUCAGAAUCACUACAACAAGCCUCUCGCUGGUGGUAACCAUGCUUACCCCCUCAAUGAGGUACACAGUUAGAGUGGCCUCUCAGGACCAGGCAGGCUUUGGUGGACCUCUCACCAGCCCUUUCACAUUCAUCUUACCAGAAGACCUCCCUGGACCUCCCAAUUCUGUUACAUUAGUGGUGGAUGGGAGCUUCAUUGACAUUUCUUGGAACCCACCAACGUCACCGAAUGGCAUCAUCACCCACUACAAUGUGAUAUUGACCCUCUUGACUGGAACCACCACAUUCAACACUGACAACCUCUCAUUCCGACUACCCAAACCUGACAUGGCCUACUCUGUGGGAGUGCAAGCAGUCAACAGUGUAGGGAACGGGGAGACCAUUUUCGCUUUCGACACCAUAAGUACUGAUGCCCCUACUACUGAUAGUCCCAGAAUGGAAGGACUCUCCAUGGAGAUUAUCAUCGCCAUAGCAGCAGCAGGGGGUGGGGCACUUGUGCUAGGGCUGGUGCUCUGCUUGCUGUUCAUUGGUUGCUGUUGCUACUAUCGGCGAAGGUCACGGAACGCUUUCAGCAUGUCUGCAGGUCCUUGCGCAAUGUUUGCAACUGUCAUAAUGUGCAUGCUGCUGCAACAUGGAAUUCUGGAGCACAGAUCUCAGAUUUUUUUAGUCAGUUGCAAGGAAGCAGCCUCACCCUCUCUCACUCUCAGUGCAGUCUGGGUAUAUACAAUUCUUUCAUUGUACAUACAUGUUUAUGGCCUAAUAUGGAUUAAACCAGCCAUUUGUUAUAAACUCACAAUAAACAUGUGUAUAUAGCUAUUGUAGAAUAAGAGAAGAAUGUUUUAUAUAAACCGUGGGUGGCCCUUAUGAAGUAUGCAUAGCCAUAUUUGGCUAUUAUACAGUGCAAUAUAUAGCUAUUGUAAAAGGUGCCCUCUCUAGAAACAGUUUCAGUAGCUUAAUGUGCUGUUAUAGAAUUUGGUAAUUAAUGCUCUUGCACUAUCGUGAACCUCUGACAAAUUAUUAUGAAUGCAACUUCUCUAAAUGAUACUGUGGAGUUACCUCAUUGGGCAUCACUGACUGUUGUCAAUGUGAUCAUCUUCAUUGGUGUGCUUCUUCCAACUACACUUCUCAUGAAUAUCUCUGUUUUGGUGGCUCUAAUCAAGAGCAAGGUUAAGUACAAGCCGUUGCUGGUCCUUUUUGGAUCCCUUUUGAUUGGUGUCUGUAUAGAUAAAGUGAUUAUAUGUGUAGGCCAGUGUGUCAUUUCACCCUCAGCUUUUCGCUACUGUCGUUGCGUUAAAUUGACUGUUGUUCUAUUCCAAGCUCCAAGGAUUUUCUUUACAGUAUAUCCAAUCAUCAUUGUGACCUGUCUCAGCCUCUCACAGUUGUGGUUAGUGAAAGGAAAACUGUCAAACAGUUACAAGCAGACUGUCAUUUGCUUAGUGAUAUCGGUUUUUGUCUCUGCAUUUUGGACUCUUGUAUAUAUUGUCAGAAAUGUCUUGAGCAAAUUACCAUUUGGUUGUUACACUCUCUGCACAGUUCCAGUUGGACUCAGUGCAACUAUGGUGGCUGUGAUUUAUUUUUCAGCCAUCACCUUCGCACCUGCUUUUAUUAUUACCAUAGUAGCUUCAAUAUGGACAUUUCGGAUAUUUAAGAAGAGCUUCAUACUUCAAUCCAAUACCAAGAAUGAGAUUGCACUGAACCGACGGAUGAUUUUACUGCCUAUACUGAUGGCUAUUCUUCUAGUUUGCAAUAGUUUUCUUGCCUAUAUUGUCACCAUAACAUCAACUGCUAUUUUAAGUAACUCGGAUGUGGUGUAUUUUUACGGGAACUGGGCUAAUAUCAUUGCUAGCUUGGAGUACGGUUUGUUCGAUAUUUUUAAUGGGCUAUCAUUUCCACUUGUUCUUCUCUAUCUCUACACCCAAGUCAGAAGCACCUGGAAGAGGCUAGUAUGUAAAUUAUUGUGUUGCAAAUGUACACAAGCUUUAGGCUCUCAAAAUAACACUCAAAAUAACACUCAAAUAACACUGAAUAGCCCAGCCCAUUAAUUGUACAUUUAGUUUUGUGUAUAGUCAAUCACUUAGAAAUCAUUAUGUGUUUGAAUAUUGAUAAUUAUAGCCUAUCUGUAGUUCAUUGAUGUAUAUACUUAUAUCACAUUUACGUCACCAUGCACUAAAGGAUUUCAUUGGUAGAAGUAUAUAACCGCAUAGAUUUCAAGGUGUAUUGCAAGCUUUUUAUUAGUUUAAGAAAGCAAGCAAAAUUAUAAUUAUUGAACUCUUAUAGUAUACGUAUAGUUAUACCGUGUUCAUAAUUAUGACUUUCCCAAAUCCAUGCCUCUGCCAUUAGUACAACAAUUUUAUAUAGACAUUGUAUGAUACUCGGGAGACUCUACUGCAAACGUACUCAAGAUUUAGGCCCUCAAAAUGACACUGAAUUAUAGUCCGUUGUACAUGUAGUCAACAUUUUCUGAUUUAAAUCAUUGAUCAGAAAUUGGUACAUGUAUAUAUAUCAGAAUAUACCUCUGCAGUCAGUGUAUUCCAACAGUUGUGUGCAUACAUGUAUAAUCUAUAACAAGUACAUUCUGAUGGCCUGACCACGCACGUACUCUGCGGGAGUAGAAGAAGUCUAUGAUUCGGAAAGAGAGGUGAUUCGUCUUGGAGCUGUCUGUAUUGUCACGCCUGUAUACUGUCACACAAAAUUAGUAGAAUGAAUGGCGCGUCAAAGAAAGAUGUGGCAAAUUUGUUGGGUACACACUUAUCUAUUGAAUUGGGAAUAUACACAUCGUACACGAUGCUUUCUUAGUCAUACAGUAUAGACUCUCGCUAAUCCGGCUCUCUGAAUUACGAUCACCUCAAUAUACCAAAUUGUUUCGUUUGGCACACAUUGCUAGCUUUAAUAAUUUCUGCACAAAACUCGCUCUGAAAAUGCAGCCACUCGGUAUUCCGUAUACUGAUCCGUUCUUUCUGGCUUCCCCAAACUGGAUUUUUAAUGUACGUUUAUUAUAGUAGGAUAUAUGAUAUUUGAGUUUGGUUUGACAGAUGAAAAUUGCCGGGAUACACUUAAAUAUAAUGCAUUAUCCUCGAGACAGAACUGCAAAAUGUUAGUUAUUAGAUUUGAGGCAGGACCGCUAUUUAGCCGCGGCUAUUUUCUGAAAUGCAGCCACAUCGCUAUUGCGACCAAACUGCACUGUCACAAGGGUGACCGGAUUAACGCGAGUCUACUAUAAGUAUAAUUUGUUUCCAGGCUCGAAUUGUCUGUCUGUAAUGUUUUGUUUUCGAAUACAUGCGUGCAUGGCCUUUAUAAUUGCAUAAUUAUAUGCCUCAGUGCGAGGUAUAUAUACGGUAGUGUGUUUGUGUGUCUGUGUAGACUGUUACAGCUGCAUGCUCAAGGAUAUGAAGUGCAAGUAAGAGUUUCUCUAGGCUUCUAUAGUCAUGUUUUCAUUUUAAUUUUGGAUUUGCAAAAUAAUGCUUUGUUCUCGAGUUAUGCCUUGUUUGUUUACUUGGAGAAUGCCAUUGCAACCUUUCAGAAGAGUGCGUAGAAAAUAUUGUCCUCUACUUAGUAGUUAGCUCUGCACUAGAACGCCAGCUAUUGGUAAGCUGCAAGAGUGAGAAGAGAGCUGCAAGGCUCUGCUGAUGCAGCCAUCCUUUCAUUUUUGGCAUUGAUCGUUUUUAACAACAAUCAUGGUCGAUCAUUACCCACUCUUCGAGUUUCUCCGUGAUUCUGCCUGCACACAGCAAAUUUUAUUACUUACAUAAAUGCAAAAAAUUUUCCUAAUAGCUUUGUGCUAUGUAGCUUUGUCACCUCCACCGAGACAUCAACACCCGCGUUGCUUUUACCACAGUAUAUAUAGAAUGCUUUAUAGAUGCUUUAUACACUAAGGAAUGUCAGUAAAUGACCUGGCGCUAUUGGUCAAUAUUAGCUACUUUCUGUUAGACCUUUGUAAAUUUGUUGGUUGUAUGUAAAAUAUUUAGGUAAUUUAUUGCCAGGAACAUCGAGGAAGAGUGCAUGCAUGAGGAAGCAUGGAGGAGAGUACAUGGGGGAGAGCAUGGGUUACGGUAAACUAUUUACUCAUGAAUAUCUUAUAGUGAUUUUUGUGAAACUAUAAAUGCCAUGAUAGCAAUUUUAAAACAAGUAUCUUUCUGUACGACAAGUAUAUCAUUCUGUAUGACAAGCAUUACUCUUCAAAACAUGAGAGAUCAUCAAGUUAAUGGAUAAUGGUGUUGUUAAUUGUUGGCAUUUGUUAGAAACUGACCGUAACAGUCAACAAUGUUGAAUUGAUGGUAACAGCAUGCAUGCGUCACUAGCUGUUGUUCGAUUUAAAAGUGUGGUUAGGUAUAUAAACUGGGAAUUAAGUGUGCAGCUAAAAUAAUCAUUCAUCAUGAUGUACUGUACUCAAUAUUUAGUGAUGCAUGACCUGAGCUUAAUUGGCAACUGAGGUUCUGCAUUUACUAUACAAUAGUUUAUACACUCUUACUCUUAUCUAUACUAGAACGAAUGUUUUAUAUAAACGUGGGUGGCUCUUACAAAUAUGCAUGCCCAUAUUGGGUACAGUGCACUAGCUAUUGUAAACGCUGCCUUAUCGUGAAACAGUUUCAGUAUAAUAAUAUAGCUGAAUGUGCUGAUAAAAGCUAUACGUUCUCUAGAAACUGUUUCAGUAGUGUGAUGUACUGUAUAGAAUUUGUCUAAUCGUGAACCUCUCAAAUGAACGCAACUUUUCUAAAUGAUACUGUGGAGUUCCCUCAUUGGGCACCACUGACUGCUGUUAAUGUGCUCCUCUUCAUUGGUGUGCUUCUUCCAACUACACUACUCAUGAAUAUCUCAGUAUUGGUGGCUCUAAUCAAGAGCAAGGUCAAGUACAAGCCCUUGCUGGUCCUCUUUGGAUCCCUUUUGAUUUGUGUCUGUAUCGACAAACUGAUUAUAUGUGUAGGCCUGUGUGUCAUCUCACCUUCAGCUUUUCGCUACUGUCUUUGUGCUAAGUUGACUAUUAUUCUAUUCCAAGCAUCAAGAGUUUUUUUUACAGCAUAUUCAAUCAUCAUUGUGACCUGUCUCAGCCUUUCACAGUUGUGCUUAGUAAAAGGAAUACUGCCAAACAACUACAAACAGACCAUCAUUUGCUUGGUAGUGUCAGUCCUUGUUUCUGCAUUUUGGACACUUGCAUAUAUUGUUGGAAAUGUUUUGACCACUGAUUCACAAAUUGGUUGUUACACCCCCUGUAGUACAGUUUCAGCUGGAUUUACUACAACUAUGCUCAUUGUGACUUGUUUUUCAGCCAUCACCUUAGCACCUGCUUUUAUUAUCACAAUAGUAGCUUCAAUAUGGACAUUUCGGAUAUUCAAGAAGAGCUUCAUACUUCAAUCCAGUAACAAGGGUGAGAUUGCGCUGAAUCGACGAAUGAUUUUACUGCCUGUAUUGAUGGCCAUUCUUCUAGUUUGCAACAGCUUGCUUGCCUAUGUUGUCACCUUAAUAUCAACUACUAUCUUAAAUAAUUCGGAUGUGAUGUUUUUUUACGGGAGCUGGUCUAAUGUCAUUUCUAGCUUAGAGUUUGGUACACUCGAUAUUUUUCAUGGUCUGUCAUUUCCACUUGUUCUACUCUAUCUAUACACCCAAGUCAGAGACACCUGGAAAAUGCUAGUCUUUAAAUCCUUGUGUUGCAAAUGUAUUGUAACACAAGAUUUAGCCUGCUCUUACAAAGACACUGCAUGAAUAGUUUCUGAAUAAUUAUGCGCAGUCUGCAUGUUUUUAGUUUUCCUAGUGGACCUUAUGCAUAGUCAGUAUACCUUAAUUUAUGGCGUGUAUAAUUAUGUGUAUAUAGAAUAUAACCUUUCAGUCAUCAAAAAUUUCAACAAAAAUCAUGAUAUUGUAUUAACUAUUUAACAUGUCUCUGUUCCUAUAGCACUAUAUAUAUAUACCUACCCUUCGUGAAGUUAAUACUGUGACCACCAUGAUCUAUAUAAUUAUGGUUGUUUUAUGCUUUGGCAUAAUUAUGUAUCUCACGCACAUUGUACCUAUUGAGAUUAAGCUAUAUAAGGAGCAUGUAACCGCAGCAAAAAAUAAAUAAAAAUAUUUUAUGCUCGCAUUUAUUUCUAGCACUACUACGGUAGCUCGGAAAUUUUCGUCACAUAAUUAUACGCCGAUAAAAUGCAGGUUCUAUGGCAACGACAUCAUGCAUGCCAUCAAAUUAUAUCAAACAUCACUGCCCACUGUUUGUGGAGGAGGGGGGUUCAUGCAUACAUCAUGUGAACCAUAAUUAUGCUGAUUGAUCAUGGUCCUUAGUUACAAAUGCAUGUAGCCAUUAUAUUUUGUUAGUUAUUGUAAAAACUGCUUUCAUUAUAUGCUGCUGUCUGUGAACAGUUUCAGCCUAAUGUACACAUUAUUUUGCUGUUAGAGAGUUUGUCAUUUACUAUUACACUAGUCGUGAACCUCGGAAAAUAUGAACACUAUAAUUAUAUUAUAGAUACACAUUGGGCACCUUUCACUGCAUUACUGCUGUGAAUAUGCUCCUCUUCAUCGGUGCAUGUGCUCUUUCCAACUACACGAAUGUCUCAGUAUUGGUGGCUCUAAAUCAAGAGCAAGGUCAAUCACAAGCCUUUGCUAGUCCUCUUUGGAUCCCUUUGAUUGGUGUCUGCAGUAUAAAAUAUGUCUGUUCACCUUCAGCUUUUCACGUUAAGUUGACUGCAUGUUCUUCUAUAUUCCAAACGCCAAGGAUUUUAUUUGCAGCACAAUCAAUCAUCAUCCUGCCCUGUCUCAACCUCUCACAGUUAUGUAAUUAUUGUAAGUACAAUAAUUUAAAGCAGAUCAUCAUUAUUACCCGAGGCGCAUGUGGGCAGCCACGGGUAUAGCUAAGUCUGAUAUCUGAGUUUGCUUAUCUGAAUGCCAUAGCACUGCGUUUACAGCAUGGAUAGCCUUCACUCAGCAAGUAAUAGGGCACGUUUCGAUGUUAAAUCUUCGUUGUCAUAUAAAAGCGAAGCUAAGAAGCUUGAACUUGCACGUUGGCUAGCUCUACACGCACAUCAUCUAACCCAUUUAGAUCCCAAAACCUUGGCUACUAGAAAAUGCACUAGUUAGCAACAGUCAACCUAUAGCAACUGCAUCAUUUCUUUUGAAAAUUAAUAUUUGAAAAGUUGGCAUCUCGUGGCUCUACUAAAUCUGUGUCUCUAUUCAAGUCUACUCACAGUAAGUUAUAGUCCUAGCGCCACCCACAAAACGGAAACAUCCAGCUCAUCCCCGCUUUUGCAGCAAACAAGCCUUUGGUAUGCCAUAGACUGACUCGUACUACUCUCGAACAAAGCGAAAGGAAUAAACUCAAGCUAGAAUUUGCAGCACAAGCCCAGCAUAUGAGCAUCUCUUAUACUACUCUCGAACAAAGCGAAAGGAAGAAGCCAAAGCUAGAAUCCCAGCACUUCCCUACAUCCAGCUCCUCCCCCAUGCAGCCUUGCCGUAAAUACACUGCCCAAGAAAGGAGCGCGGCUCCUACUACUCUCGAACAAAGCAAAAGGAAGAAACUCAAGCUAGAUUUUGCAGCAAACGAGCGGCUCCUAUAUUACUCUCAAACAAAGCGAAAGGAAGAAGCCAAAGCUAGAAUCCCAGCACUUCCCUACAUCCAGCUCUUCCCCCAUGCAUGCAGCCUUGCAGUAAACAAGCACAGCACACUGCCCAAGAAACAAGCGGCUCCUACUAUUCUCGAACAA